AAUAGAUGGCGCAGCGACACGGGCCAUUGGGCUGAGAUUAAUCGAGAUCUACAUUGCAGAAACGCCCCAAUAAAAAGGAAACAUAGAAAGGAGGGAUGGAUGAUCUGGAUUGGGAACAUGUUCUCGCUGGCGCUUUUCUUCAGAGAGGGCGACAAGGGCAUUGAUCUGAGAUGGCUGGCUAGCCGCUGGCAUCACCGGAGCUCUAGCUCCAUAGCCGUCUGCCCCGAAAUACUCCUGAGGGAUUGUGAUGGUCGAGCGGGAAUUAGUGGCAAACCUUUUACGUACCGCCGCCUAUCGCUGCGGGCGGGAAAUGUCAAGAAAGCCCUGGAUCUAGCCACGUCAAUCCUUGUCGUGGUGGGCAUGUUGAAUGCGCGAAGCUUACGGUUGACAGGAGCAUCUACGCAUAGAUAUCUGGAAUGCUUACAGUUGUCACGAGAAUCUAUCCUGAUGCAUUGGCUCGUAUUUAAGUAUCCGAUCUCAUCAGGGGUCCCCUAGUUUAAACUCGGAGCAGGCCUUCAUGCUCCAGUUUAGUCCAUACGAAGUUGGGUUUAACAUGAUUCUCAAUGCAUUUCCUAUGUGCAAGAGAAAACUUAAAAAAAUUUCUGAUACCAAGGGACGGACUGUACUCCGUACAACAUCACCAUAGCGUGCCCACCGUUUACUCAGCUGCAUAAGAGCACUGGCUCCCGAUUCCAUGUACUGUACAUACAUGUACCUCAGGCAGAUGAUUUUCCGUGCCGAGUUCCUCCUAUAGGCUCCCAUAGGCGGGUCAUGAUCUCCACUCUAGCCAAACAUCAUCUGCAGUGGCUCUGGAGGAAGUCUCUUGGUUGGCUUGAGACAUGUGCACAUGCAGCGUGCACCCAGCUCCCCAUGGAUUCGUGGAAGGAGGGUACAGCCAGCCACUGUCAAAUGCUGAGGGGAGCUCCGAUAUCGUCAAAUCCGCUAGUUCAGUACCGUACCACCCUUGUGCAAUCAAUCGAUUUGGAUGGAAGGAGGGAAUACUAUGCAUGUAGGUUUCUGGAGGCAGAGUGGGGGAACCCCUUUGCGUCUGACCGGGUUGCGAUUCCUGUAACUAGCUUACAGGCGGUAACAGUAAUGAACACGGUAACUUAACUUUCGAAAGAUGCUACUCAGCAAACACCAUCUUCGACCAAGAAGUUUGAAUAUUUUGCUUGCCAAGCGGCAAAGAUGAAAUCGGUUAAUCGCCCCCAUGCUGAUUUAACAAGCUUGACAUCAUCGGACAAGCGAAACCAUCAAAUAAUUGAAAUUAUUUAAGGCCAGAGCCUGGGAAGGGAACGAGAAAAGGGUCCAGACCCGACGACCCUAGCAUCGGAGCUAUGGCUACCGCGCUAUGCGCUCGGCAGCAUCGCUUAAACCAACAAGUAUUGGUAUUAUUCUGGAAAAUAUCAGCAAUCAGACGCCUUUCUAGCCAGUGUUUCGAACACCUCCUACAUGUUCACAGAGAUUCUCCGGAAUCCUGUUGUCCGUCUUUGGAUUUUGAGAAGCCAAUAGAACGGGGUGCAGCGUAAAUGAGAUCGACCAGAGACAAUUCUUGCCAUGCCAACUUUGUAAUUGGUGUCCGUGGAAGCUUCUCCUAUUUGUUAAAUGGAAGAAGAUAUACCGCCCGCUGAGUAACCACGUCAGCUAUUCAAAGCCGGGAUAUUGAGGCCUUGAUUUUGUUGCCUUCCCUAUCAAGGACCAGGUCGUCAUUUUCAUCCGCACUCCCGCCGCGUUUUAGUCCACUUCCUUGGAAAACGGUGCAACUUAAGAGGCAUGAUAAGGCGCACAUAUUGGCUGUACCACGAGUUCUGUAUGCCCGGAAAUGCGGAGUCAAGCAUCGGAAAGCAACACCCGAGAAACGCACUGUGCUGGCUAGUAAGCACCUCAGUGUUCCACCGCUGAAAUAUCAAGGUCAAGCCUGUUUUCCUUGAUUUCGCCACUGUUUCCUGUUUGUUCGUGGCCAUUCGAGUCGCCAUGCUGGACACUGAAAUGAAACACCACACAUAGCGAAUGAACGAGCUGCCAUGUGUCUGCCUGAAGGGAUAUUUGACGAAAUAAAAAAAGUUAAAGUGCACUCCAGAGGCUCCUAAUUCACCCAGGCGUAAAAUAACUGACUCCUUGCUUGACGAUUGGAGUGAUGUUUGGCUUUCUGCCCGCCAUAGACCAAAAGGGAAUAAUGGUUCCGAUGAACUCAUAGUUUGGUAUGGCAGUCUCCUGGUUCAUCUGGCUGGUUUAUUAACUGUUGUUGAAACGUGUGGUUAACAAUUGAAAACCCCGCCGCGUCUAAUUAAUAUUACUAGCGUUUUUGAUGUGGACAAUAUGAGCAUCUGUCACAAGUCCUUUGUUUCCGAGAAUUCGAGAACUCAGGUACGGAAUGAGAGAAAUCUAAAAGAGAUCGUUGGCAAAAAGCUCUUUGAACGGGAUUGCGCGAGUCAUAAUGAACGAAAUAAGUGGCUGUGCGGUUGUGCCCCAUGAUAGCGGCGCCUAACCUUGCAACGCCGAUCACAGCCUAACCUCCCAUGGCGCCAGGCGCCAGGCGCCAGAACACUCCCAUGUUUUGCCAUCCAAAGGCGCGGUGGAAUAUUCAUAAGUUGCCGAUUGCGUACUUCACUCGGUCACCGCUCUGGGUACUUUCUAAAGCGGACCGGCCCCCGAGAACCUUUAGGAAGUCGCAGCUUCACACGGGGGGAGACGAGCAUGAAAAUUUCCGGCUAUCCAGUCAUUCUAAUUGGGCGACAGCUGUUCACUGUGAAACGGACAUUGACCCAACCGACCAAAAACAUUCCUUCCAAUGGAAAGUUACUCUCAAUAUAUCUAUCAACCUCUUCCACCCAUUACCCCAGUCGGCAAGACGCCUCCUUUUACCCGCUUGCUUCUCCUGAGUUCUGGCCAACAAAAUGAGCCACUUUGCGGCAGUCUUAUAAUUCAUGCUUUGGACCCCGAUUUCGCACCCAUACUGACUUACGAGGCUCUUUCUUAUGUUUGGGGCACGGAGACAGAACAGACUUCCAUUUACAUUGAUGGACGACCGAUUGCCAUCAAGCCAAACUUGGACGCUGCGCUCCGAAAUCUCCGCCUACCAACACAGGCAAGGCGGCUUUGGGUUGACGCGCUAUGCAUUGACCAGUCCAAUAUAGAAGAGCGGUCGAGGCAAGUAAGAUAUAUGCGAUUUAUGUACAAGCAUGCUACACGGGUCGUGGUAUGGCUCGGGUCCUGGACUCCAGGCGUGGAAAUGGCUUUCGAGCUUGCAGAGCGACUGGCAGUUAUACGAGAGCGUUGUGGUACGGAUAAAGUUGCUCUGCAAAAUGCUGUUGUCGAAGUAGCUAUGGGAGCACCGGAGGCGUUCCAUCACCUCGACCAAUUGUUUGACCAACCUUAUUUCAUCCGAAAUUGGUGCAUACAGGAGGUUGUUGCAAGCAAAUGGGCUAUAGCUAUGUGUGAAGGGCUGGAGACGAACUUCUUUGACAUCAUUGCGACAGCCCCGUAUAUGUCUUUGAAGAGGGACCAGAUGCUUGGGAUGCCAUCUGAAUUCUGGAAUAUGAUAUUUAUGCUCCGACAACCUUCAAGCGGAUUUCGCGGUGGAGCUGUCGAGGGAUCAUUGGGUUCUCUAACGUUGCUGCUAGCGACGACUCGAGAUUUUAAGGUUACAGAUCCACGUGAUAAGGUGUUUUCAAUAUUGGGGAUAUCCGAUGAAGGCUUGGAGCCAGCGACAGCCUUUACGCAAACCAUGUCGUCCUCGGACCACAACCCAGCGCUCAUGCUAUACCGCCGAUUUGCAAUCGGCGUAUCAAAGCGCAUUAAUAGCCUCGGCCCAGAUGUCGAUGUCCUAAGACCCAAGGCGUUGCGGCCUGAUUACAGUAAGAAUUUGCUUGAGGUGUACAGAGAUCUCACCAGAUUUUUAAUCAGGAAGAGCCCUCGGGUUCUCAAUGUAUUGGCGCAUGUGCAGCACACCGAGGACCCUGCCCAAAGCGACUUCCCCUCCUGGGUUCCGAAAUGGUAUCAACCUCGUCAGUGCAGUGUUUUCGACGUAGGUUGCUUUCUAGCUGGCUUCUGCGACGGCCAUUUUCGUUACUUCGCAGAAGCUGAGGAUAUGCCUCUCUCAAAGGAACCUCUUCGGCCGAACUCGCUCCAAUUACGCGGAUUCCACGUGGAUAGGGUUAAAUCUGUCAGCGAGGUGUUGGAAUACAGUCUCACUGGCCCAUUUCCCUUUCAAGACUUGUGGGGCCAAGUGUUCAGCUUCCCGAUAGACCAAGCAGAGAUGCCUUUGUACUAUGACAAAACCCCUCUGGUAAUGGCAUUCUGUGCUACAUUACUUGCGGCUCCACUGGGAGCAUCAAUGGGGAACCUUGAGCUGUUGACUGGUGACACGAAAGGUCUGACAAAAGAAAGGUUCAUGCGGCAGGGAGAGGCAGAUGCUGCUGUGUACCUUCUGUCCAAGAUCUUCACAUCUGAUAAAGUUUCAAUAAAAUACGGCCCUCAGGGUCAGAAUCUGCUUGAUCACCUCUGCAGCCUUGCCACAAUUGAUGUAGGUGAAAGUGGAGCUGAUGCUGAACGCUUUGAACGUGGUGCCAGGUCUAUAUGCUUCCAUCGCCGCUUCUAUGUAACAGAGAGGGGCUAUCUAGGUAUUGGUCCUCAGGUGAUGCGUCCUGGAGACGAAGUCUGUGUGCUUUUUGGAGGCCGGGUUCCAUUUAUUUUGCGCCGAAUUCCUGACCACCAUCUCUUAAUUGGAGACACAUACAUCCACGAGCAUGCUGUCAUGUGGGGGAAGGUUACUGAGGGCAUCAAGCGUCGCGGAAGGACAGAUAUCCCCGUAUUCCUAUAUGAAAUGAAAUGAGAUGAGAAAAUAUUAUGCCUGUGUUUGACGUGCCAUAUCGGACGGUGCCAGUAUUUCCCCUUGUGCAAAUAGGCUCUAUGUCCUUACUCCUUACUCCCAAUAAUGGGAUGAUUCGUUGGUUAUUGUAGAUAUUUAGUGUUAAGGGCAACGUAUAUCUAGUUGAGUCGCCCUCUAUAGGGCCCCAAGAAAGAAGUAUGUAGCCCCUUAGCAAGUAAUGCUGUCAUACCCCUGGGAAAAAUGAGAGUAUGUUUGCUUCAUAACUAGG